CGCUGGCGCAUCUGGCCACCAACACCGACCAGCUGGUCGCUCUUCAAACUCGGCGACGUCAACCGCAAAGCGCACCAGCAUGGACAAAGGCGCUGAUGCUGGCGGUGAGUCAUGGUCGGUUAGACACGGUGCGGCUGCUGCCGGAGCGGACGUUAACAUCCAGGACGACGACGGCUCGACGGCGCUGAUGUGCGCCAGCGAGCACGGACACCUGGAGAUCGUCCGGUUGUUGUUAGGCCAUCCGGACACCGACGCCCAUCUCACUGAUAAGGAUGGGAUGUGUGCCCUGUACGUGGCGCUGGAGGCGCAGCACAAGGACAUCGCGGCGCUGAUCUACGCCCGCACCACCCUCGGACCGGGCGACAGUCUGUCGCAUUCACGGCCAUCCACGGCGUCCGUGUCGUCAUCGUCGUCCGGCGAACCACAUGAAGUGUCCAGGAUUCCGCGCUCCCCAACUGCGCCGAAACGCAACACGAACGGCAACGGUCACGCCGCGGAGACGAGCCGGGUCGGCUUCGCGCGGAAACUGAACCACACCACGUCCACCAUGUGAAACGAGUGGGCGUGGCUGCUUGGGAAAACAGAGUAUUUUCUCCUGCUUUUUAUGUUUUCGU